AUGCGGAAGCGUUUUGACUGGAUUCGGCAUUGGGGCCACAGGCGGGAUGAUAUCGUGGAUCAUUCUGAGUCGCCCUACACGUCGGAUACAGAAUGCAGCGAGGAGGUUAUUUCAGCAACACUUUCUGAGGCUUCGCAGGACGAACCUAAAACUGAUCUUAAUGAAGUGAAAGGACACUUAGAGAUCACCUUGUUAGAGAAACACUUCUUACAGGAAGAGCUGAAGAAACUCAGAGAGGAAGAGACUGGCAUAGAAAUUCUGCGACAGGAGCUGGAAAGGGAACGCUGCAGGAACAUUGAACUAGAGCAAAAGCUAAAUGACAUCUUAAAUGCCAGACCUGACGAUUCACCGUCUAUCACUCCGAAAGCCUCGCCACCCAAUGACAUCACUGCUGGAAAAGAGGAUGCAUACAGUCGCUUUCAAAGGUUGCUUUUCAAUUAUUUGGGUGUCGACUUUAAUGACUUCCAAUUACACCGGGUGGAGGAGGCGCCCGAGCCAGAUGAGCCGCUUAGUGCCAGAAGGUUGACGGAAAACAUGAGGCGGUUCAAAAAAGGACUGAGGCCCAUCACCUGCUUUCUGCAUGACCUCUCAGCCUUGUCCAGCUGGUACUCCGUCUACACCACAGCCAUCGCCUUUACAAUAUACAUGUACGCUACUUGGCGCGGCUGGACUAUCUCCAUGUUCCUGUUCCUGGCUGUGCUUCGCCUCUCUUUGAACUACCUCAUUGCCAGGGGAUGGAGGAUCCAGUGGAGUAUCGUUCCACAAGUCUCUGAACCUGUGGAGCCUUCCAGAGAAGACCUGACUGUGUCGGAGAAGUUCCAGUUGGUUCUGCACGUGGCUCAGAGAGCUCAGAAUGUCUUUGGAAAGAUGGCCGACAUCCUGGAGAAGAUAAAGAAUCUCUUCAUGUGGGUGGAGCCUCAGUUGACGAAGAAACUCUACGUGGCUCUGGGGGUGUCCUUCAUCGCCUCUUGCCUACUGCCUUACAAAGUGCUCGGAUUCAUGAUUGGUGUAUUUGUGGGCGUCAAGUUCUUCAUCAUCAAUUUCAUCUUCAGGACUUGCCCAAAACUGCGUCAGCGCUACGACACUGCGCACAUUAUCUGGACAAGCCUCCCCACGGACCUCCAGAUGAGGGAGCGAGCCAACCCCUCAACUGGCAGACGGUUGACAUCAUGUUUACUUAAUCUGUUUGUGAUUCAGAUUCCUGGCGCCACCGACGAUGGUGGAGUUCGAUACUACAACACCAAGCGAGGCGCUUUCCACGAGGUCUUCAACCUCCCCGAGAGUGAAUGCCCCCUGGCAGUGUGCGUGAACGGUUGGCGCUGCUGCCUCAUCAACCGUGGCAAAAAGACACCCGCUGACUACAUCCGGAACGGCGUCCUCUAUGUCACUAACAACUAUUUGUGUUUCGAGUGUUCCCGCUCAUCUUCCUCCAAAAGGGACAAAGUCAUCAAACUGGUGGAAAUCAUAGACAUCCAGAGGUACAAAGCAUUGUCCAAGUUACCUGGCUUUGGGACAGGUAUAUCCAUAACAACACCGUCCACUCUGAAGCCGAUGGUGUUCGGAGCCAUGACCAAUACAGACGAAGUCUUCGACACUAUCUUGGCCCAGCGCAAUCAUGCAGUUGUCAUGGAGGCGACUGCCAGCCCGGAGACGUAG